AUGGGAAAGGCCUCAGCAGCAGCAGCAUCACUACCUCGUUCUAGCUGGUCUGCCUUCUCUCCCUGCGGCUCUUACUUUGCUUCUGCUGCUAACCCCACGGUGCUGCUGCAGCAGCAGCAGCAGCAGCAGCAGCAGCAGCAGCAGCAGCAGCAGCAGUAUGACAGCCGUGGGGUGCAGCCUCGCAGCACGAUCCGUGUGUGGCGCUGCAGCAGCAACAGCAGCAGCAGCAGCAGCAGCAGCAGCAGCGAAGCAGCAGCAGCAGAAGCAGCAGCAGCACUAGAAUACCAGCGGCAGUUCCUGGGGCAGUCUAUCUCCAUAGUAACCUUUGUAAACAUCAGCAGCAGCAGCAGCAGCAGCAGCAGCAGCAGCAGCAGCAGCAGCAGCAGCAGCAGCAGCAGGUUGCUGCUGGUGGUGGGAACAGAGGCUGGUAUGGUUGCUGCUAUCGACUGCAGCAACGAGUUCUGUCUUCUGUUUUCGAUUCAUUUAAAUAUAUCUGCUGCUGCUGCUGCUGCAGCAGAAGAAGAUGAAGCAGCAGCAACAGCAGCAGCAGCAGCAGCAGGAGCGGGAGAACAUGCUGCUGUCCGUGCCCUCGUACCCCUCCCUAGCAGCAACACCACCACCACCCACAGCAGCAGCAGCAGCAGCAGCAGCAGCAGCAGCAGCAGCGAGCUGCUCGUGCUGCUGCGGCGGGGCCCCAAUAUCUCCUCCCUUAUAGUUAUCGAUUUGCUGCAGCAGGGGCUGCUGCUGCGCUCCUCUGACGUUGCAGCAGCAGCAGCAGCAGGCAGCAGCAGCAGCAGCAGCAGCAACUUAGUUAUCUUUGACCUGCAGCAGCAGCAACUGCUCGCUAAGCUGCAGGGGGGUGGUGGGGGGUUUGCUGCUGUUGCUGCUGAUGCUGCAGCAGCAACUGUUGCUGCUGUCUGUACCAGCACAGCGCAUGCAGAGCAGCAGCAGCAGAUUGCUCUCUGGCGUAUACCGCAGCAGCUGUUCAGCAGCAGCAGCAGCAGCAGCAGCAGCAGCAGCAGCAGCAAGAAACUAAAGAUCCCUCUGUGGGGCGUCCUUGCCUAUCACCAGCGGCUGCUGCAGCUGACCUUCCUCAGCAGCAGCAGCAGCAGCAGCAGCAGCAGCAGCUGCAGGCGUGCUGCAGAAGAGAGUGAUGAAGAGGAAGAGCAGCAGCAGCAGCAGCAGCAGCAGCAGCAGCAGGUGUUAGUAUGCUUGACCGAUCAGCAGCAGCUAGCUGUGUGGUGUAUAGACACCGCAGCUGCUGCAGUGCCUUCGCUACCGCAGCAGCAAAUAACAACAAGAACAGCAGCAGCAGCAGCAGCAGCAGCAGCAGCAGACGGGAAUGGAGGAGUUUUAUACAUACAGCAGCAGCAGCAGCAGCAGCAGCAGCAGCAGCAGCAGCAGCAGCAGCAGCAGGGUUUGUAUGUAGCCAGGGGAAGUUUGUUAUACCCGCUGUGUCAUAUAGCGCUGCUUAAGGAUCCAGCAGCAGCAGCAGCAGCAGCAGCAGGAGCAGCAGCAGCAGCAGGAGGAGCAGCAGCAGCAGCAGGUCAGCAGCUGGUGCUGCCGAUACCAGCAAUAGACAGCAGCAGCAGCAGCAGCAGCAGCAGCAGCAGCAGGAUGCAGGAAGUUGCUGCAUUGACUCUAGAAGAAGUGCAGCAGCAGCAAACUCGUCGCAGCAGCAAGGAGACAGCAGCAGCAGCAGCAGCAGCAGCAGCAGCAGCAGAAGCAGCAAUAAUGCCUACAGACGUUGCUGUCUCCUCUUUAAAACGUUCAGCAGCAACCAGCAGCAGCAGCAGCAGCAGCAGCAGCAGCAUAUGUGAAGACACGCAAAAGAAGCAGCGGCGCGAAGCAGCAGCAACCACCGCCAGCAGCAGCAGCAGCAGCAGCAGCAGCAGCAGCAGCGUUGCUUCUGUGCUGCGGCAGGCGCUGCUGACAGCAGAUAUACAGCUGCUAGAGACAGUCCUAUCGAGGGGAAAAAUAAAAAAGAAAGAGGUAGCAGCAGCAGCAGCAGCUCUGUCUCCUGUGCAUGCAUUGUCUUUGCUGCAGCUGCUGGUGCUGCAGCAGCAGCAGAAACCCAGCAGCAGCAUAAUAAAGGGACAAUGGAUAGAAGAAAUAAUUAAAACGCAUGCAGCAGCACUUGCAUGCAGUGUAGAAGGGAGACAGCAGCUCGUGCUGCUGCUGCGGCAGCUGCAGCAACGAAGACAAACAGAAGCAGCAUUGGUUGCUGCAUGUACACUCCAGCAGGGGCCCGCCGGCUGCAGCCUUCUAUAUGAGGCGAGCUCUCUGCAGCAGCAGCAGCAGAAGCAGCAACAGCAGCAGCAGCAGCAGCACCUGCAGCAGCAGCACAGGCCUGUACCAGCAGCAGCAGCAGCAGCAGCAGCAGCAGCAGCAGCAGCAGAAGGUGUAUACACUCUGCUGCAGCAGCAGCAGCAGCAGCAGCAACAGCAGCAGCAGCAGCAGCAGCAGCAGCAGCAGGAGCAGUUUUAUCUAUUCCCCUGCAGCAGAAACGCAGCAGCAGCUGACGACACCUUCUCCUCCUCUUCCUCAGCAGCAGCAGCAGCAGCAGCAGCAGCAGCAGCUCGUCGCCUCAGCGCAUCACCAGAAGACCAAGACAACCAUUACCAGCACCAGCAGCACCAGCAGCAGCAGCAGCAGCAGCAGCAGCAGCAGCAGCAGCAGCAGCAGCACUGA